UCAUACUUGCAAUCGUUAUACUCAACAGAAGGUGGCCUGCAAUGCAAACACGAGGUUUUACGAAGCAGACAACAGAUUAGUGGUCAUGGAAAUUUACGAUAAGUUUUACUUGUUUGACCUUGAAAAAAUGGACGUCAGCAUCGUGUUUCUGGGUCGAGUAGUCGAUACACGAGUGUGUAUCUUGACCAAACGGAAGCAACUCCUCGUGACGUCACGUUUUGGCAAGAACGUGAAACUGUACAACAUCACAAACGGCUGCAUUGACGACAUAAUAAAAGCUGGGCACAAGAAGGAGAUCUACCAAGUUGUGGUGAACGAUCCGGGAACGCUCGCUGCAGUGACGGUAGUUUUUGGACCUGUAGUGUUGAUGGACCUUGUCACUCACUCUCGCAUGUAUGAGAUCUCAAACAAGGCGCCGGCUUCGAGCCGCAUUGCACUCCCAUGGACUAGUGUUAAACCUUAUCAUCGAGGAGCGAUGCAAAGGCCCGGUCUUCUCUGUGCUGUCCAAAUAUCUACUGGACAUUCUGAUAACUGACAAGAUCUUGGUCUUUGGGAAAGAGGCAGUAAAUCCCACCAACGUAUCAUACAUCUUGCGCGGAAACAUACCCGGGCUGAUUCUAGUAAUAUGACAGACGCCGUUAACGUUGCCUUUGGUAAACCUGCCUACCAAACAGACACCAACCGUCCAUAUACGGCGGACCGUAACGUUGACGAAAAUACGAAAUCGCGUUUGAUUGAAGACCAGUCAUGCACCCACACAGCGUCUCACAACGUCUCAUGAUGGGUGAAUCUCGAGCAGAUAUUCCUCAUCCGAAGCGUCAAGAUUUACAAGAGGAAUGUAUGACGCACACGUUAUUCGGUUUUCCAAGGAUAUGUUCACAUUGGCACUGCAAUCGACGUUUCCGCGAAGGUCCUGUCAAAUCUCCUCUGCGCAUCAAGCUGUUCCAAAACAGAGAACUGCAUGUUUCUUAUUUAUACUUACUAUUUAUAUUUACUAUGCCAAAUAAGUUGUUUGGCUUUGAGACGCAGUUUUUCCCCAUAUUCAAAUAAAACUAUAUCAUCCGCGUCAUGCGAAAAUCGGUCUUAUGGCAUAUGCGGCCAGAGUAGCUCAAGCCAAGCCUGCGCACUUU